AUGGAAGCAGCACCGCCUCCCCCGCCGCCGCCCCCACCCCCGCAGGAGAAGGUCGUCGCCCGCCCGUACAAGUGCCCCUACCCGCUAUGUGGCCGCGCCUUCAGUCGAUUAGAGCACCAGACACGGCAUAUCCGCACGCACACCGGCGAGAAGCCGUUCGAGUGCACGUUCCCUGGCUGCGAGAAGCGCUUCUCCCGCUCGGACGAGCUCACCCGCCACUCCCGCAUACACAACAACAACCACAACACCGCGCACGCGCACCCCGACCCCUCACAUGUCGGUGGGUCGAGCUCCAGCAGCAGCAGCCACCGCGGCAAAGGCAAGACCAAGGGAGAGUACGAGGACGAGGGCGCGGAGCUGAGUGCCGGCCGGCGAGGAGGUGGUGAUGGAAUGGAGGUGGACAGGGUCAGGGUGCAGAAGAAGGCACGAAGCCGUGCUAGCAGCGACGACGAGGACGAGUCUUAUGCGCGUCCAACCGCGCUCUUUACGACCGACCCGACAGCGUACGACUACCCUGGCCCUAGCUUCCAUUCCCGACGGAGUGCGCACGACCCCGCCCUCGCGGCCCUACUACCCACGUCCGCCCCCGUUCACGUCACCUCCCAUCCCCAUCCCAACGCGUUCUCCGCGUUGUCGAGUGUUGCCAUGGAAGAGCUCUACGCGCUCGAGCGCCAUGAGGCAUUACGCCGCGCGGAGUACGAGAUCCGGCACAGCGAGGCAAUGCGGAGAGCGGAGUACGAGGCGCGCCACGCGGACAUCCUCUCCUUCCACGGCCGAUUAUCCAAGAGCGCGGCGAACACGCCGCUCACGACGCCGUUCUACCCGCCGGCGCCGCACGCGGACGAUGCAGGCUACUUCGGCACGAGCAGGGAGCGCGAGCGCCCGCUCGCCGCGAUGGAUGACGAUCACCUCGUGGACGGCCGCCGGCGCAUGGGCUUGAGCGCGGCACGCAGAGACGUAUUCGCGUCGCAUCCGAUUUCGAGCGGACACGUCGUCGACGCGCAUACGCGACACGGACCCGGGCACGCGGCGUCGCACCCCCACGGGCCCUGGGCACAGCCGUACCACGCUGCGUCCGCGCCGCACCGCCAGCGCCUCCAUGUCGGCCACGACGACUCGCCGUCACCCAUCUCCUCGGACUCGGACUCCAUUCAGCCGACGCUGUCCCCCUCGCACGCGCAUACAGCCACACAAUCUACGAUUCACUCGCAUCCCAAUUCUGAACAAACCAGUGCGCUGCCGAGCCAGUACGUCACGCCGAGCACAAGCCCCUUCCUCGGCGGCCUCCGCACGCUCAACAUCCACUCGGGCACGCCCUCGCGCGCGCCGUCGCCCUUCCGGCUCCCGCCCGCGUCGAUAGACAGCUCAGAGGAGUACGCGCACCCCUACGAGGCGCGCUCACGCAAGGCGCAGAGCGUCGCGGGGAGCCCGCCCUCAGGAAACGGGCUGCUCAGCCGGAAGCGCGGGAGCUCGGGCGACCUCGUCUCGUACGCGUCGUUCGGCGCGCACGCGGCGCCCCUCGACUACUCCGCGCACGUCGGCGCCGGCGUCGGGCACGGCUUCCACGCGCCGUACACGCAUGAGCGCACCGCGAUCCCGACGCCGCAGCUCAGCAGCGGGCCGAGCAGCUCCGGGAGCUCGCCGCGGAGCCACGCGCACUCGCUCGGGGGCCUCGGCACGGGCAGCGCGUCGAGCUCGCGCGCGCCGUCCCCGCCGCACGCGCACCACGCGGCGCACCCGCCGCCGCCGCACCACCACCUCGCGCACUCGGUCCGCGUCGCGUUCGGGAUGACGCCGAUACACCCGCGGCGGCCCGCGCUCGUCGAGAUGCCCCCGCCCCCGGAGUACCCCGGCGCGCAGGCCGCGUCCGUGCCCGUCUCGCGCGCGGCGUCCCCGCCGAUCAAGCUCCCGCCGCUGAAGCUUCCCUCGUCGCCGUCGUCGCCGCACCAGCGCGCGCUCAGCCUCGGCGCGGGCGAGGAGGGCGCGGAGGCGCAGGAGCGCGUCGAGCUCCCGCAUUUCCGCGAGUUCGCCGCGGCGACGGGCUACCGUGCGGGCGCGCGGGGCGGCGGCGAGCACGGCUCGUAG